CUGUUCUACCUCAACAGCGCUGUUUUCCCAAAUCUCCGUCGACAGUGCUUCUUCUUCCCACCCCGCCCAUUUCGCUGGGAAUGGACAGUUUUUGGGAAUGACCUGCCGUGACCCCUCAACCGCGAACUGAUGGAGGUUAACCGCAUUAACACGCAGAGUGAUAACUGUGACCCGGGCAGGCCCACUCAUCCAGGGAUUUUCCCAACCCACGAGGCCGGGAAGAGCGACCACCAGACGGCGGAGCGCAGCGUGGACUUCCCGGUGUCUGUAGUUCUUCCUGCCGGUGGCACCGGUGAGAGAACCGGACUCCAGACACCUAAACAGUUCUGCUCGUUUCUGGGUCGGCCGCUUAUAAGCUACACAAUCCAGGCUUUCGAGAGGGUGUCAUGGAUCCAGAGCAUUGUAGUCGUUGUUGCCAAAGAAAACAUAGACCUGAUGACGGACAUCAUCCAGCGCUUCCAGCACAGGAAGGUUCGAGUGGUGCCAGGCGGCUCGACUCGUCACAGGUCGAUAUGUAACGGAGUCCUGGCUCUGGGCGAGGGGAAGGAGGAGAGGCCGGUGGCGGACAGACCAAAGGUGGUCAUCAUCCACGAUGCAGUGCGGCCUUUCGUGGAGGAGGACUUUCUCUACAAGAUAGCCAUGGCUGCCAAAGAUCAGGGGGCAGCAGGAGCCAUCCGACCUCUUGUUUCCACAGUGAUAGCCACCACAUCAGAGGGCUACCUGGAUCAUUCUCUGGAGCGAGCCAAGUACAGAGCCAGCGAGAUGCCUCAGGGAUUCACAUACGAUGUCAUAUAUCAAGCCUAUCAGAGGUGCAGUGAGUCAGACUUUGAGUUUGGCACCGAGUGUCUCCAUCUGGCUCUGCAGUACUGUGGCACCAAUGCCAAGCUCAUCCAGGGUCCGCCAACACUGUGGAAGGUAACCUACAAACGGGAUUUAGCUGCUGCAGAGUCCAUUAUUAAAGAGACUCUUUCGCAGUCGGCCUGUGUUAUCACAGGUGGAUCUGCACAAGCAGUUUCACUGGCUGAUGCCCUCCAGAAGGCUGUUGGAGGUCUGGACAUGGAGCUGGAUGUCAUCCCAGAUCUGAUGGGAGAAAACUCAAGGUAUCUGCUAGAGGAGUGGAACUUCAUCCAGAUUUCUGUCAAUCGUUCUUGCUUGUCUGAAGUGGAGGCCAUAGUGAUGGAUUUGGAGGCAGCGAAUCGGGCUCUUCUCCACCCGAUGGUCGUUAUUUGGGUGCAUUUGAGUGGUUCAGAUGAGCUGUCCAUUAGCGGGAGGAUGGUAGAGCCAAAAGCUAUCGUGGACCUGGCCUCAACAGCCAAGCUCCGAAAUAUUCUUCUCUAUGGCAUCCAGCUUUGUCAGUCAAAGGACCUCUCGGUACACAUGCUUGUCUGGUUGGGUGUGGUGGAAAAUAGCUGCGGAAUACCACACAUUGUAUUCAGAACAGGGAAAAUACCACCAGAUGCCCCAAAAUCCAGGACACCGAGCGUUGGGAGAGGUCAGCGCUGAAGGUCGCUGAGAUCAUGUCAGCUUUGAUCCAGGAGAGGAGUCCCGCCCUGGUGGGACAGCUUCUGCAGGCGUAAAGGGAAGCAGCACCAACCGAGAACCUCCUCUACCAGACUCACGAACGCUGCAGGGAUGAGGCAGUGUUUAUUCUGCUCUAAAUCCAUCUCAUCAGUUAAAGCAAGGUUAAAGGGAUACUCCCAGGAUUAAGUGCUGCCCAGCGAAAACUUUGGGGACUUUCAAGAGAUUAACUUCCAAAAAAGAAUUGAAGCAGCAAAUGCAGAGAUAUUCUGAAUUUUAGCACCAAGACUGCAUCAGGCUCAACCCCAGAAUCCUACACUUCCCUUCGCUCCUUUUGUUUAGCUUUCUGCAAAAAAUCAGAUUGUGGCAAUGAAAGCUAGUCUUUACUAUAAUCAACCACAAAUCGGAUGUUGUGGUCUAUUCUAACAAUAUAUGUGGUUGGUAAAGUGGCCAGUAUUUUGUUGGGUUGCACCAGUGCCAAAUGAAAGAGAGUGAAUUAGUUGGUUGUUUGAGAUAUUAAAACAGAAAAAUAGUUAACAUUUAUCAUUAAUAUUUACAUAUUGACUGAACACAUUAUAAAGCUGCUGUAGGUUUACUUUUUUAUUGUUUGUUUUUUUUUGUAAGUUUUUUUCAUCAAAUUAGUACAGCUGGAUUUUUCAGAAAUUAAAGCCCCUAUGUUUUGGAUUUUAAACAUUCUUGCUUUGGAGACUCCUAGUGAUAUUACUAUGGACACAAUGAUGCACAUCAACACGUACAAUCAUAUAAAAACACAUAGGGGCUUUAAAAUGGCUGUAAACAAAUGAGACCAUUGUUGAGAAAAUGUUAGUCCCCUACUGGAACCAAGAGAUACUGAUUUAAAAUCUAAAGAAGGUAGACAAAUUAAAGCAUUCAGUUUUUGAAACUUUUUGCAACUUAUGUUCACAAAAAUUCCUUCCAGUAUGUUUGUCCUCUUCAAUAAAGCACAAAAGAAACAUGGAGGAUCAUAACUUAUGUGAAUUGUGCUGUGCUGACACCAUAACUGCUUUAAGUUUGAGCCAGCCAUCUAGGUUCGGUCUAAGUUGUUCACCGGAAGUAUCACAAGUACUUUGAGAAGCGAGACAUGGCCCCAAAUGCAUGUACAGUACAUUCGCAUAACAAAUGAUUAUUUCCAACCUGGAUCAACAGACCGGAUCACUACGUGAAGUUAUUACUGUGGGAAUUUGAAUUACAAUAUGUAUUACAACAAAAACUGGGCGUUUGUAAACAGAUAGGACAAAUAGUAGUUUUCACACUGAACCCAUUUGAUUCCGACUUGGCUACUUUAGAAUAGUGUGAAGACUGAAGUCAAACUCUGGAUGACGCAAGUGGACUAAACUGCCUGAGAGGGUGAAGUGAGUCUAGUGCUUUCUUUUUUUUGUGGUGCGAUAGCAAAGCACAGCAGCCACAGAAUAUGAUAUGUUAUUUUAGCUUCAAUUCAAAAGAUAAACUGAUAAAUCCAUCAGCUGAUCAUGAACUGUCAAGGAAGUGAUCUGUCUAAGCGACAAAUAUAUAUUUAUGCUAUUUAUUUGUUAACCACAGUAACACUUGUGCAAUGCUGGGAUUGUCCCUGAUAUUCCUGCUUGCGUCUAAUUAAAAACAUGAUGACACCAUAGUAAUUAUUUCCCCAAUUUAAUCCUGUUUCUACCUGGUCGUCAUUCAUAAACAGUCAUUUUUUUAUGUGCUUUCUGUACUCUAACAACAAAUAUACACAAGAAGCAGUAAAGUGCAGCAUGAUCUGCUGUAUCACUGAUGAUCGCAGGAUGAAAGUCCCCAAAACUGUCAUGGGGUGCUAUUGAUAAAACUGUAUUGUGUCAUAAGGACUGCUUUUACCACUGGAUAAAGUGACUUAAACACUAAUGUGUAAUAAGAGGGCGCUUAUAUAUUUGUACUCCAUUAAAACUGCUUAUUGAAAACACUAAAAAA